AAAAUCAAGGAGGCUUUACGAUUGUCUGCAUUAUAUUGCGACAAGUACUUACAACUCCUUUUCUUGAAUAUUUCUGAAUUAUACAGUUCAACAUUGAAAAAAAAAUAAUAACAGGAAACUCUCUUUUAAAAUUGCAAUCGUAAACAAAUCGAAAAGACUUUACGAGUACGUGAAGUAUAAACACCUACGAUAUUAUUUUAUCUCGAGCAUUUCUGAGUGAUAUAAUUCGAUCAUUGAAAAAAAAAAAGUUAUAGUAACUGCAAACUUUCUUUCAAAAUUGCGAUAGUAAACAAAUCAAAAAGAUACUUUCGCAAAAAAUAAGUAACAAACACAUGCCAUAUUUUUCUCUUCUCGAUCAUUUCUGAAUAAUACAAAUCGGUUUUUGCAAAGAAAUGAAAAUUUUGUUAAAAUUGCAAUCACAAAAGAAUCGAAAUAAACCCUUCACAAUUGCAAAAAGUAUACAAGCCCUACAAUGUUCUUUUUGUUUUGUUUUCUUUUUCUUUUUAUCUUUCUUUUUUUUUGUUUUUUUACGAGACAUCCUUGGUCCCAUGAACAACCCACGCCAUUUCUCAUCCUACGUUUGUACUCGGACACGACGGCGCGCAUACGCGACCGCUUAUCGGAGCUGUAAAGAGACCAUUAGCAUUAUCUAGUAUAGGUUGUACUAUUAGUACUUCCAUACUCUUGCCCUGUGCCCGCAGUACCGGGCGACGUUUAUCGAGUCGCAUAAUGGAAAUCGCUUAGCGACUGUGAAAGGAAAAAAAUAAGAAAAAUAAAAAAGAGGAGAAGAAAAAGAAAAAAAAAUGAAAAAAAAAAUUACUAAUGUUGUUUACGUUUCUUCGACUGUGAUAAAUGUUAACGUGAGCAACGUGAACUUGGCUUGUCCAGUAAUAUACAAACCUCCAGUAUUCCAAAUGAAUAAUUAUCUACGAAAAAUUUGCUCCAAACUUUUUCAAAUUUGCGAUUCAAUUUACGAAGAAAAAUUAUUAACUCGAUCGUUAUUAUACUUAUAUAUUUUCAUAAAUAUUACGUACGAAUUAUAACUCUGUUCAUAUCUUGAAAUCAAUCAAUAGAUUUUAUUUUUGUAAUUCUAUUGAAAAUCAAGAUUCAACUCAAAGAAAAAUUAUUCCACUUCAUAUAUAUAUGCCGUGGUCGUAGCUCUCGGGAAGGAUGUUCCACGGGGGCGGAAGUGGCGGGUACGGCGCAGGCUCCGACUAUCAGCAACAAUCUCAGCAACAACAACAGCAACACGGACAACAACUGCAAGCCCCCGUUUACGUACCUUCGUCCAGACCAGCAAUCCCUUCUGCAGCCACGGCAGCCCAAUAUCAUUCCUUUGCCGGUUCUGCUUCACCUGCGUGGGAGAAAACGGCGUCUUGGCAACAUGGCGUCGAAACGUACGCUGCUCACCAUGCAUUGGCUGGUCACACAAGUGCUUCCAGUGCAACGAUGGGUCCACACACGGGUCAUGCUCAUCCUCAUGCUGGCCAUCCUCAUACGGCACAUCCCCAUUCUACCCUCGCAGCGGCUGCACCCUUUUAUGCUCAGAAUGUCGCGAUGAUGUCCUCAUGGCGUGCUUAUGAUGGCGCUGGAUUUCAACGUGCUUCGCCAUACGACACGGCGAUGGACUUUCAAUUUGGCGAGGGUCGAGAGUGCGUCAAUUGUGGGGCAAUUUCCACACCGUUGUGGCGAAGGGACGGCACUGGUCAUUAUCUUUGCAACGCAUGCGGGCUUUAUCACAAGAUGAACGGCAUGAAUCGACCGCUCAUCAAACCGUCAAAACGCCUGACGGCUACGAGACGGCUAGGAUUAUGCUGCACAAAUUGUGGUACACGAACAACGACAUUGUGGAGGCGUAACAACGAUGGUGAACCGGUGUGCAAUGCAUGUGGCUUGUAUUUUAAAUUACACGGUGUUAACAGACCAUUGGCAAUGCGAAAGGAUGGAAUUCAAACGCGGAAACGGAAACCGAAAAAGACACCAGAACCAAAUGCCAGAUCUAGUACGGCGGAACACGAGACAACAGCAUCGAGCACGUCGUCACCUUCUAUGGAUCCAAAAAGUAAUCAACAACAACAACAACAGCAGCAGCAACAGCAACAACAGCAGCAACAACAGCAGCAACAUCAAAUCGACGUGUCUAAAUCGUCGAGUUCCUCGACGCCGACUGAAAGACCUGUAUAUCUUGGGCACACGUCCCUGCUAGCAACCGGAAGUGUACCUGCCGUGAAAACGGAACCUCGAAGUUGCGACGGGAUUGUAAGUCAGCCGUACUCAUCUUAUUAUCAGCAUCCACAUCAACUUAGCGUACCAACGAGUGAACAUCAACAACAGAGUUACUAUGGAACUCAGGAAGCGCCUUAUCAUCAUCAACAUCAUGUCACAGCUGCUGCUAAGCUUCUGGCAUCAUCGUAACUUAAAUCCUUAAGCGUAAAGAUUAAAGAAAACUAAAGUUCUGCGUAAAAUAAAAAACUAUUUUACAAUUGGACAAUUGCGAAGAAUAAGAUGAAUCAUCGAUAAAAGAAUUCGAUAAUCACCAGUUUAAAGUGCAAUCCAAGCUAACCGCUUGCUUAACGUGAUCGAAGAGAAUGUAAGAAAGAAGAAUAUCCAAAAAUAAAUAAAUAAACAUGAAAGGGAUACGAUGAAAAGGAGAAUUAAUGUAUGUACAUAAAUACGUACAUACUUACUACGUGACUAUAUCGCGUGACAACGGAAACGAAGAUUCGAAGGAUAACUCUCGAUAGACGUUUAAUGCGAGAACAUAACGAGAAUGACCUUGGAUCUCUAGUCAACGAUCGAUAACGAUGGAUUGAAGGCGAUCGUUUCGAAAUUUUACAUAUGAAAAUCAUUUCAAUAGCUUUUCAGAAAUUGAUAAGGGAACUACAUGAGCAUUAGACUUAUCAUUACGUAAAAAAACACAUAUACAUAACAUACAUAAACAUACAUAAAUAUAUAUACACAUACACACACAGAGACUAUCUAUAUUUUAUUCGGCUAUUCGAUAUUUCUAUGACACACAUUGUACGCGAUCAUCCUUACGAUAGUAAAAGCAAAAAAAAAAAGAAAAAAAAGGAAAAAAAAAGAAAUGCUUUAAUUGUAAAUAGCUCAUUUAUCUGUAAUGAAUGAUAUGAAUUAAUCGUGUGUGUUUAAAAUUCGUUCAAAUUAAACAAAUUAUUAUGAUCUAUACUUGCCAUUCAAGAUCAUAUUUGGAUAAUAUAAAUAACGAAUAACUCGCACGAUGAGUACUUAAUUGUAAAUAUAAUUCGCUCUAAGGAUGUUUAACACAGCUUUAGAAUUAAUCGAGACUUAUUCGACCCUUAAAUUGGUUUCGUUUUUUAUAUACGCGAUUACGGAUAUAUAUAGUAUAUACGAAACCUUUUUCGAUGACUUCACAAUGUGCAUUAUCAAUUUAUAACAAUAAUCUCUCGUUCGUGUAAGCAAUAAAAAGAAAGAAUGAUUGUGCGUGCGUGUGUGUGUAUAUGUGUAUGUGUAUGAAAGAGAGAGAGAGAGAAAAAAAGAAAGGAAGAGAGAGAGAGAGAGAGAGAGAGAGAGAGAGAGAGAGAGAGAGAGAGAGAAUGAAGCGGACGUAAAAGUCAUCCCAACUAAUUUAUUGACUCAUAGUCCAAAGGUUGCCUCACUUUUCCCUAUAAGCUGUAAAAUUAUAAGCGUAAUGGAGUCUGAAUUAUAAUUGUGCACAGUUCCUGUAUAAA